AGCAAGAGAGACCUAGUCUUCCAGAAGAUAUUUCUGCUGACAUGGCAUUUAUCAUACAAUCAUGUUGGGUGGAAGACCCUAAUAUGCGACCAAGCUUCAGCCAGAUAAUCCGGAUGCUUACUGCGUAUCUCUUCACACUUCCACCGCCCACACCAUCCGUACCACUAACAGAUUCUGUGGAGCAGACGGUUGCCAGCAAUGGUACCAUUGUUGAGUUUUCUGCACGAGCUAGGGGAAAAUUUGCUUUCCUUCGCCAACUUUUUGCUGCAAAGAAGGCUAAGAACUAACUCACAGUAAGCUGGCAAAACUUUCAACACUUUACGCGAUAGGACAUCUUCCCAAGCAGAGGGAUGACAAGUGUUGAACAGAAACAAUGUUAGUCGAUUAACAAAGGAACAAAAACAAGUAGUUAAUGUCAUUGUAAAGUAAGUUUGUUACCUGUACUUUCUUGUUCAUAUCCAAUCCUCUCAUUUAUAUGGGAAUCUCUGUAGUAGUAGGCCGUAUAGUAACAGUUUUCUUUUGCAUUUAUCACUUAACAAUGUGUUGCUCUUCAGAAUGUUAUCCAUCUUAAGCUAAUUUUUAAAGAAUGUCACACUCCUAAUUUGAAUUAA